UUGAGGGCCUUUUAGGGCCCCUUUCCCGUUGAAAGACUCAUGUUGGUGAUGAAAAUAAAGACCGUUGUUACCAAUUUGUUGUUUCCCCCGAAAGUUUAUGCUUAAACAUGUUGUGGAUACUUGGCUUCUAAUCAUCAGUGGGACUCGUGGAAUGCUGUAGCUGUAAACAUUUAAAUCUGUCCUAUGGUUUCUGCAGCACUAUUUGUGGUCCUGCCUUCCCACCACUGUUAUUCUCUGGAGGGAAGGGCGGGGUAAAAGGCAGUGCUUCAGGAAGCUCAAGGAAAUUGGGUUCUUAACCUUUACCAAUUAUGAGGAGAACUUGCUGGCUUGGCUUGGAUCAGUUGGAUGUUAAUUAUCAUCAUACAGAUUUGUUUGCGAUGCAUCCUAUUGACACAUAUUUGAUUUUAGACAAUUUAGCCUCAACCUGUAGCCUCAACAGAUUGGUUGAUGAGGAAGUUGGGAAUUGACAGUAGUCUUGGUGACCAGAUUUCGUUUGUCAUGAGAAAGAUCUUAUAUAUAAGCAAAAAAGGGUCCCUUACCUCUUGCCCUCGUAAGCCUUCCCUACCAACCUGAACACAAAGCUGGAUGAGCAGAAUAUCAAAUGGUGCUGCCGAAGCUAGUUAAUGAGGCAGUAACCCAAUCCAGAAUAAAAGAUGCAGAUGGGAGGCAAUAAACCAUUAGCCUGACCUCAGUAAAGUCGAUACUUUUUGGGUGUUGGAAUUUCAGAUAGGAUAAGCACACCUAUCCUUCUUUCUUUGCUGCCAUCAGCAAAAUUAGCUUUAGAAAAGUAAACUCUGCCGUCAUCUCCGAUGUGUAAAAUUGAUUCUCCAGCUGGAUGUGGACUGUGGAGAAAGAAAAACACAUAAAGAUACCCCAAGAUCAAACCACCUACCGUCCAGUCCACCAUCCACCCUCCACUUUCCUUAACGUCAUCCACCGGCCUACCCCCACAAAUCCUUCUAUAAAUUCAGCCUCGAGCUUCUCUAAAGAGCCCCCCUUCCUCUCUCUCUCUCUCUCUUCAAAUUCUCCUUUCUUAAUCUCUUAGCAGUUGUCUUCUCACAAGAUUUUGCCCUCUAGUUGCUAGAAUUUGUCAAUUUGUCACGUCUGGGAAAAUGGGAUUCUGCGAUUGUGGGAUGGUUGGUGAUGAUCACUUUGUGCUAUGCAAAGCAGCUCUAAUCUUUGGAGUGACGAGAUGGAUCUUCUUCUGUGCUCAGAAACUAGUGAAACAAUAUUACAUGCACAUGUUUUCUUGGUCCUUUGACCACCAUGAGCCCACAUCACAAUCUUCAUCAGCAGUUCAUCAUGAUCACUCUUCUUCAGCUUUAGAAAUGGUGAGAGAUUAUUUGAGCUUGACAACUUUUGAAAACAUCAAGCAGAGGCUGCCAGAAGAAGAAAGCCAUGACAUGUCCUGUGCAGUUUGCUUGAAGCGUUUCAAGAAGAAUGAUCAGGUCUGGGAAUUGAACAAUUGCAGGCAUGUCUUCCACAAGCAAUGCCUGGAUAGAUGGCUCCUCUACGACGCCCGGUUAACCUGUCCUCUUUGCAGAACUUCAUUGAUCACCAUGAGUAGUUCAGAGUCUUGUUCCAUGCCGCAGCAGCAGCAGCAACCUAGUUGGGCUGUGGAAAGGAUUCUUUAUCUAUUUGGGGAUGAUUUGCUCUCUCCAUCUUCUUACUCAUCUGGAAUGGAGGAUCUGAGCUAUUAAUUGAUGUCUGCCCUCAGUAUUGUUAAUUGUUAGGAUGCAGCAUUCUUAGCAAAAUUUGUUCCCACAUUUCUAAAGUUUCAAAGCUAAGGGGCAAGGCUGUUAAUUCUUGGCUUUUGCCCAAUUUUUUUUGGUUGUUGUAAAUACUAUAUCAGGACAGUUGAAGACAUUUGAGUUCUAGCAGUUAACCAGAAAAUUUCCCCUUUUUUCUUCUCGUGUUAUUUUUGUUGUUUUGUAAACCUAUUAGUAGGUCGUUGGAAUAUCAAACUAGGUAUUGGACGAAACAUUAAUUUAUUAUGUGCACCACAAGCAACUGCAGAACUACCAAUUAGGGUUGCAUUUUUAAUACAAAGAAUCUAACAGCUGAAUGCCU